AUUAGGCUUCGGCGCUGACUUGUCUUUUGCUUUUAUACGGGACUUUUGGUUAACAUGGUCGGUGAAGCUGGUUUAUUCUUGUUUGCUGCCCUGGUAGCAGUGGUGUCGCUAUUUACCAUGAUAUAUUUUAUUAUAAAGCUAACGGAUUUGGAAGAUUAUGGGGGGAAUUUGUUAAGUGUUUGUGAAACUUUGGAUAAGCUAGUGCUGCCGGAGUACGGCCUGCACGCCUUUUUGACUUUUCUCUUCUUCCUUUAUCGUGACUGGUUCCCGUUACUAGCUAAUAGCAUUCUUGUCGGCUACAAUGUGGUAACCUUGCUUAAACUAAGACAGCAAAACCGAAAGAAACUUUUUAAUCCAACUUCCAUAUUUGGCGAAAUUCCUCGCUUAAAGAGUGAAUGUUUCGUUAAAAUGGCUUUAUAUAUGCUCUCCUUUUUUUACUAUAUUUAUAGAAUGGUCUUUGCGUUGGUUGAGUAAGAGGUCUUUUCGGACUAUAUUAUACUUUUAUUUAAAG